UAAUUAGCCGCUUUCAUUUCGCGAACAAACUGAGUGGACGGCUGGACCGGAUAGAAGGAACGAGAAUCAAAGGGCAUAUCGGAAAGGAUCCUCUAAACACAUUGUUGGCCUGUCUAGAGAGGGACAUUGGGAAUGUUUUCAUUGUCAACAUCCGUCCAACCACAGGUCACUGUCCCCCUGAGUCACCUGAUCAAUGCCAUCCAAUACCUGAAGACUGCAGUGGGCAGCAGCAAUGCCGCUGCUAAACCUCAGCAUAGAGCGCAUGCCUUGGAACAGGACUUGCAGAGCACAGAGCCCACGUGGAGCCUGAGGGACCUGGGCCUGUCUGACCUGGGCGUGGGGCAACUGGACGAGCUAAUAAGCACUAUGUUACCACGUCUGAGUCAACAGGGGGCGCUGUCCUCAUCCAGCCCCAGCCAACAGGCCUGGGGGAUCUCUCACCUCUCCUCACAUUCCUUCUUCCACAACAAGCAUGGGUUCUCUGGUGGUAAAAUGGGCACCUCCUACCCUGUUUUCUGCAAACAGAUCCCUUCCCCUCUUCAGGCAGUUUGUACAGAGCUCCGCUAUUGCCCAGUAUGGAUCCAGAACAGAGGCUUUAAAACUCUAGGGAAACACAAGCGACUGCAGGCAGGCUUUGAGCGUCCCAUGGAAUCAGAUGGCUUUACACCCUCCUUUAUGAAGGGCCUCCUGACACGUGAUAAGGGGAUGGAGGUGGAAACCUUGGACAAGCUUAUGAAGAACAAGAAUGUUCCUGAUGUGCAGCAAGAUUCUUUCAAGACCGGGUUUGCUGAGGGCUUCCUGAAAUCCCAAGCUCUGACACAGCGCACACAAGACUCUCUGAGGAGGACGAGGCUGGUCCUGCUGGUCCUGCUGCUCCUGGGACUCUACGGCCUCUCCAAGACGCCCUUCCUAUCGGUACGAUUCCGAACCACAUCAGGCCUGGACUCAGCGGUGGACCCUGUCCACAUGAAGAACGUGACGUUUGAGCACGUCAAAGGGGUGGAGGAGGCCAAGAACGAGCUGCAGGAGGUGGUGGAGUUCCUCCGGAGCCCAGAGAAGUUCACCGUCCUCGGAGGGAAACUGCCGAGAGGGAUCUUGCUGGUUGGCCCUCCUGGUACUGGGAAGACUCUGUUGGCCAGAGCUGUGGCUGGAGAAGCCAACGUACCAUUUUAUUAUGCCUCUGGCUCUGAGUUUGAUGAGAUGUUUGUGGGGGUUGGAGCCAGUCGCAUCAGGAACCUCUUCAAGGAAGCCAAAGCAAACACUCCGUGCGUGAUCUUCAUUGACGAGUUGGACAGCGUCGGAGGGAAGAGGAUCGAGUCUCCCAUGCACCCCUACUCCAGACAGACCAUCAACCAGCUACUGGCUGAGAUGGAUGGGUUCAAACCAAACGAAGGGGUCAUUAUCAUUGGAGCGACAAACUUCCCCGAGGCUUUGGAUAACGCUCUGAUUCGACCGGGACGUUUCGACAUGCAGGUCACCGUUCCCAAGCCAGAUGUGAAGGGGCGCACAGAGAUCCUCAACUGGUACCUUAGGAAGAUUAAAGUAGACCCUGAUGUGGAGGCUGGGAUCAUCGCCAGGGGAACAGUGGGCUUCUCCGGGGCCGACCUGGAGAACCUGGUCAACCAAGCGGCUCUGAAGGCGGCGGUGGACGGCAAAGACAUGGUGACCCUCAAAGAGCUGGAGUUCACCAAGGACAAGAUCCUCAUGGGCCCAGAGAGGAGGAGUGUGGAGAUAGAUAAAAAGAACAAGGAGAUCACGGCGUACCACGAGUCUGGCCACUCUAUCGUGGCGUACUACACCAAGGAUGCCAUGCCCAUCAACAAAGCCACCAUCAUGCCCAGAGGACCUACGCUGGGUCAUGUGUCAAUGCUCCCAGAUGAUGACCGCUGGAGCGAGACGCGUGCUCAGCUGCUGGCCCAGAUGGAUGUCAGCAUGGGAGGCCGCGUGGCAGAGGAGAUCAUAUUUGGCAAUGAGUUCAUCACUACUGGUGCAUCAAGUGACUUUGAUGCUGCCACCAGAAUUGCAAAAAUGAUGGUGACCAGAUUUGGUAUGUGUGAGAGGCUGGGUGUCAUGACCUACACUGACCAAACCAAGCAGAGCCCAGAGACACAGGCUGCCAUCGAACACGAAGUCAGGAAACUUUUAAAGGAUUCGUACGAGCGGGCCAGGGCUCUCCUCAAGUCUCACGCUAAAGAACACCAGAACCUAGCCAACGCCCUGUUGCAAUACGAGACGCUGGAUGCCAGAGAGAUCAAGAUGGUCCUGGAGGGCAAGGGCCUGGAGACAAGAUGAGACUUCCAAGGGUGGAGGUGUCACUGUUUAAUUUGGGAGAUCGGGUGAGGGGUGGGAAGACAAUAAAUCUCUGUCCACGGUGAUUUCACAGUCUACGCAAACAGAGCUACGGAGCUGUACGUGUGCAUGUACAGUGUCUUCAGGAAGUAUUCACAGCCUGAAUUUAAAACGGAUUAAAUUAAGUUUUUGUGUCACUGGCCUACACACAAUACCCCAUAAUAUAUACAAGUGGAAUUAU